AUGCCGGUCUAUAUGCUCCACGGCUUCCGCUGGCCCCGCGCCGGGUUCACAGGGAUCCGCGUGUACAUCGUACUCCACAACUUGGAAGAAGCAGCUGCGGAAUACAUACAGCAACCGUUGACGACAGAGCUCCUCGCAGAAUCCUUCCACAAGACACAAGCGGACCUCGUGAAUCGUCUGCCGGAGCUGUCGUUUAUCGAGCAGUAUGACCCCGCCGACGAGAGCAGUGGCACUGUCAGCCAGGACUAUGCGUAUAUUUCAACGCGGGUUCUGGAAAUUCCGGAGGAUGGGAGUGGUGGUGGAGAGAAUCUUGAGAAUUGCGUGGAAAAGGGAUCCGGGUUGACGGAUGACCAGAUGGCGGCGCUGGAGCAAUUGCGCGACCGUCUAGCGCCUGGCGAGAAGAUCGGCUGGUAUCUUGUUUAUAAUGGGGAUCCUGAACGGUGGUUUCCUGAUUCUGAAGACGAGGAUUACGAAUCUGAGGAGGAUUCUGAGGAGGAAAGCCAGCCUCGGGGAGAGAGUCAGGUCCAAAGCCAGAGGGAGAGCAGGAGUAGUUUCGCACAAACUGCUAGUCCACAGAGCUAUACGAUGGUUGCUAAUGGAAUAUUCCUAGACUCGUCUGACGAGAUUUUGGAAUCGGAUGAGCUCGGGAGCCUGACUACAGAGCGCGGAGAACACCCAAAGCUUGUCGCAACACUCCCCCCGAGUGGUUUCAUAAAUGCUGUCCAGGUAACAUCCUGGCUUUUGAUUGCAAUGGUUCUCUCAUUUAUUCUGGUUCAGAAUCGCCAGGGGAAAACGCGCCUGGCGAAAUGGUAUUCACCAUACAGUGAUGAAGAGAAAGUCAAAUUGAAAGGCGAGGUCCAUCGCCUCGUCGCUCCCCGAGAUCAGAAAUACCAGUCCAAUUUUGUUGAGUUCCGCCGGAGUACGAAGGUCAUCUACCGAAGAUAUGCCGGCUUGUUCUUUUGCGUCUGCGUCGAUGCGAACGACAACGAGUUAGCCUAUCUCGAGGCUAUCCAUUUCUUUGUUGAAGUGCUGGACCAAUUCUUUGGCAAUGUGUGCGAGUUGGAUUUAGUCUUCAAUUUCUACAAGGUCUAUGCCAUCCUGGACGAAGUCUUUCUCGCAGGCGAGAUUCAAGAGACAAGCAAGCAGGUUGUUCUCACGCGAUUGGAACACCUGGAUAAGUUGGAGUAG